AUGUUUGUAAGUCCGUUAAUAACAACCAGAAGCGUAUCGAAGUUUGGGUUUGAUAUGAAAACAUUCUUAAAUGAGGCUUCAACUUCCCAAACCAAGCUUCCUUCUAUUGUGGUCCUCCUCUAUCGCAAUUUCAACUAUCUGUUACUCGGAGCUUCCUCUUAUCAAUUCAAGAUACCCUCAUCAGAAAGCCUGACUUCUAGUACGAGUAACUCUGGCGAAACCAUCUCAAAAGUUCCAAGUGCACACAUCUUUCCUCAAUUUCUGAUAUUUCUCUUCCUCAAACCUUGGUUGAGUAGAAAUACCACGCUACUAAUACAUUAG